AGGCGCUGACAAAAGAGGCCCGCGUCCCGCGCGCGAAAUCACCAAGACAAGAGACAAGACCAGUCGUACGUUUCAUUGUUGAGUGGGAAGUGAAGGGACCGCGUCGGCAUUUAGCACUCGUCAAUCUCUACCUUGUCAAUCCUCUUCUUGGCGCUUGUGUGUCGAAUCCAGAGCGACAAUGUUUAACGAUACGGAUGGUGGUGGAUUCUUCAAUGGAGACAAUACGUUUGGAGGUGGAAGCCCACAAGUAUCUAAGAAGGGUGAUCAAAAACGGGCUCAAAACAUUAUGCCUGUCACUGCAAGGCAGGUACUCUCUUGUCCUGAAGAUGGUUUGAAGAUUGGGAAUCUGGAUGUUUAUUUGGUAGCGCUCGUAGGUAUUGUUAGAGCGGUGGAGACUACAUCUGUAAAGAUCACCUACACACUUGAAGAUAAUACUGGAUGUAUUGAUGGAGUUCAUUGGAUAGAUGGGCAAGAUGAUAAUGGUCAAGCAGCUCAACCUCAAGUUGUUGAGAACACGUACUGUCGGCUCUCUGGCACCAUACGUUCUCAAGGCGAUAAGCGCUAUAUUAUGGCAUUUAACAUCCAGCAAAUUGAGAGUUUCAAUGAAAUUACUACACAUUUUUUGGAGGUAGCAUUAUUCAGUAAAAAAGCUGCGCUCAUGGCCAACCAGGGAGGAGUCAUGGAUGUGGAUGCCAAUAUGGGAAAUGAAAAUGGUACGGGUAACAAUUUGAGUAAUUCCUUGAUGGCACCAUCUGUCAAUCACUCAACAGCUGUUCUAGGCCUCCCAGACCUUCAAGACAAGGUCUUGAAAGCUAUUCAGCAAUGUGUUAAAGUGAAUGGUGUGCAUAUCGAUGAACUUGUUGCACAGCUCAAAGGCUCUGGCAGCAAAAUGCAAAUCACUGCUGCAGUAGAAUCUUUGUGUAGUGAGGGGCACAUCUACACAACUAUAGAUGAUUUUCACUUCCGGACCACUGAUGGAAUGUAAAACACCUUCUAUGGGUGCAGUUAUUACCGUAUUUUCUCCUUUUACUUAACACCAGUACCUAAGAUAAAUCUCAGUUAAUUGUGGCACAGUUUGUAUAUAUGUUCCUGCCUUUUAUGGAUUAAAUUUCUUCUUUUAACAA